ACAAAGGCGGCGCGCAGCUUGUGUCGUCCGCCAUUUUGUGCGAAGCAAGGUGGCAUCCACGUUCCCCGAGCGACUUCUUCGCUUCUGCCUCGACCGCCCGUUGACCAUAGGCAUGUCUCGGGAUCGGUUCCGGAGUCGCGGCGGUGGCGGUGGCGGCUUUCACCGGCGCGGAGGCGGCGGCGGCCGCGGCGGCCUCCACGACUUCCGCUCUCCGCCGCCUGGCAUGGGCCUCAACCAGAACCGCGGCCCCAUGGGCCCGGGCCCCGGCGGCCCGAAGCCGCCUCUCCCGCCACCGCCUCCGCACCAGCAGCAGCAGCAGCAGCCCCCGCCGCAGCAGCCCCCGCCGCAGCAGCCGCCGCCGCACCAGCAGCCGCCGCCGCACCAGCCGCACCAGCCGCAGCCCCCGCCUCCGCCGCAGGACUCGUCCAAGCCCGUCGUCCCGCCAGGCCCCGGCUCGACGCCCGGAGUGAGCAGCGCGCCGCCCCCGGCCGCUUCGGCCCCGCCCGCCAACCCCCCGACCACCGGCGCCCCGCCGGGCCCGGGCCCGACCCCGACGCCGCCGCCCGCCGUCACCUCCUCUGCCCCCGGACCGCCCCCGCCCUCGACGCCCAGCAGCGGCGUGUCGACCACCCCGCCACAGACCGGCGGCCCGCCUCCUCCGCCCGCCGGCGGAGCCGGCCCGGGGCCGAAGCAGGGCCCGGGUCCCGGCGGCCCCAAAGGAGGCAAGAUGCCAGGUGGGCCUAAGCCCGGAGGUGGCCCGGGCAUGGGCGCUCCCGGUGGGCACCCGAAGCCCCCGCACCGAGGUGGCGGGGAGCCCCGCGGAGGCCGCCAGCACCACCCGCCCUACCAUCAGCAGCAUCACCAGGGCCCCCCUCCCGGCGGGCCGGCACCCCGCACGGAGGAAAAGAUCUCCGACUCGGAGGGAUUUAAAGCUAAUUUGUCUCUAUUGCGGAGGCCUGGAGAAAAAACUUAUACACAGCGCUGUCGGUUGUUUGUGGGAAACCUACCUGCUGAUAUCACAGAGGAUGAAUUCAAAAGACUGUUUGCUAAAUACGGAGAACCCGGAGAAGUUUUUAUCAACAAAGGCAAAGGGUUCGGGUUCAUUAAACUUGAAUCUAGAGCCUUGGCUGAAAUCGCCAAAGCUGAACUUGAUGAUACUCCCAUGAGAGGUAGACAGCUUCGGGUUCGCUUUGCCACACAUGCUGCAGCCCUUUCUGUUCGGAAUCUUUCACCAUAUGUUUCCAAUGAACUGUUGGAAGAGGCCUUUAGCCAGUUUGGUCCUAUUGAAAGGGCUGUUGUAAUUGUGGAUGAUCGAGGAAGAUCUACAGGGAAAGGCAUUGUUGAAUUUGCUUCUAAGCCAGCAGCAAGAAAAGCAUUUGAAAGAUGCAGUGAAGGUGUUUUUCUACUGACAACGACUCCUCGCCCAGUCAUUGUGGAACCACUUGAACAGUUAGAUGAUGAGGAUGGUCUUCCUGAAAAACUGGCCCAGAAGAAUCCAAUGUAUCAAAAAGAGAGAGAAACACCACCUCGUUUUGCUCAGCAUGGCACAUUUGAGUAUGAAUAUUCUCAACGAUGGAAGUCCUUGGAUGAAAUGGAAAAACAGCAAAGGGAACAAGUUGAAAAAAACAUGAAGGACGCAAAAGACAAAUUGGAAAGUGAAAUGGAAGAUGCCUACCAUGAGCAUCAGGCAAAUCUUUUGCGCCAAGAUCUGAUGAGACGACAGGAAGAAUUAAGGCGCAUGGAGGAACUUCACAGUCAAGAAAUGCAGAAACGUAAAGAAAUGCAAUUGAGGCAAGAGGAGGAACGACGUAGAAGAGAGGAAGAGAUGAUGAUUCGCCAACGUGAGAUGGAAGAGCAAAUGAGACGCCAACGAGAAGAAAGUUACAGCAGAAUGGGCUACAUGGAUCCAAGAGAAAGAGACAUGAGAAUGGGUGGUGGUGGAACAAUGAACAUGGGAGAUCCUUAUGGUUCAGGAGGCCAGAAAUUUCCACCUCUAGGUGGUGGUGGUGGCAUAGGUUAUGAAGCUAAUCCUGGAGUUCCACCAGCAACCAUGAGUGGUUCCAUGAUGGGAAGUGACAUGCGUACUGAGCGCUUUGGGCAGGGAGGUGCGGGUCCUGUGGGCGGACAAGGUCCUAGAGGAAUGGGGCCUGGAACUCCAGCAGGAUAUGGUAGAGGGAGAGAAGAGUAUGAGGGGCCAAAUAAAAAACCCCGAUUUUAGAUAUUUAGGCUUUCAUUCCAGUUUGGUUUUUGUCUUUUCUUGUUUAGACACCACUUUUAAAUUCUUGCAUUUUAGUAAGAAAGCUACCUUUUUAUGGAUGUUAGAAGUUUAUUGACCUGAUAUUUGUAAAUGGUCUGUUUGGGCAGGUAAAAUUAUGUAACGCAGUGUUUGAAACAGGAGAAAAUUUUCUUUUUAUUUACUUUUUUUUAACUGUAUAAUGUUUCUCAAGUUAAUGGCAGUGUACCUUGUGCCACCGAAUUUCCAAAGUGUACCAUUUUUUUUUUUUUUUUUUACUGUGCUUCAAAUAAAUAGAAAAAUAGUUAUAAUACUGAUCUUCAACUUUGCUAUUCAUGCUUCUAUGCACAUUAGGCUAGGUAUUUCACUUGGAAAGCAUGACCGUGUUUAGGCCUUUGAGUGGCAUAUGCCAUUUUUGGGAAACGUAUCUGGAGGCUAAGUAUUGCUUUCUAUAAAUGGUGGCCACCCCUUGUUUUAAAAAAUGCAUAUUGAAGUAGUUAGGAUUUGUUUGGCAUUAUAGGAAGCAGGCUGGUGCUCAGCGUUUUUUUAAAUGGUUAUCUUAGAAGAAGUUGAACUGUAAGUCUUAAUUCAGGAACAUGUAUUAAGAUUAUGGAAUGGGUAUAAACUACUGGUAGUGAGAGAAAAAGGGGGUUUGGUUAAACGGAUCCCUUAUGGCCCUAUCUAUGAUCUUUUCCUAGAAAGCGUUUAAAAAUGGAAAGAUCAUCUUGUUGCAUUUUCCCUGUUGUUUUGUUUUAAACAAAUCCCAAGCCCUACAAAUGGCUUGUACUGAACUUUUGCAUUUGAAUUAAAGAUUGUUAAACAUGAAGCCUUUUCAUGUAUUCAAAUGAUUUAAAAGAUGGGAUUUAGCCUGAAAUUUAAAGUUGAAGAGUUAAGGGUUAAUUAUAACAUAGGUUAGGUUUAGCCUUAUGUACUCUAACAUACACCUCCUUGUGCUACUUCUAUUUAGCAAAAUCUGUAGUCUAAAAAAUCUAUUGGUUCUUUUCAAGAGCUCUAGUGGUGACUUAACCAAGCAGGACUUCCAUAAAACCAUUGUCACUUUGGAGUUGACCAUUUUAAUGUAGCCCUAAACCUGCAAAGAGUUGCUCAGGCUACAUAAGUACAAAUAUUCUUCCUCCCACCAUUAAGCUUGGGGAUGUUUUGAGAUGUCAGUUGAUUGUCAACUUCAUUGAAUUUUCUUAGAACAAGAGACUUCUGACCUGAUAAUAAUAAAGUAGACUAUUUACUGUUGUCUAUGAGUAUAAUGGGAGCUUGAUUUUCUUCCCAGUGUAAAUAUGCUAAGAGGAAAAACUUCUAACAGUAUGUAAAGUAAUUAAAUAGCUUGGCUCUAUUCUUAGUUACAUUUCCAUCCAAGUCUACAUUUUAGGACUUUCACUAUGGAUGUCUUCAUCUUUCUCACCUCUAUCUUUGGUGCUAAUUGGCAAACGAAAUUCUAAAUCACUUGCUGAGGUUGAGUAUUGUGCUUGAGUACAAAAGGAGACCUAUUGUGGAAACAAAUGAGUACUUCAUGCAUAGGGAAGUUGUAAUUUUUUAAAGUAAAACACUAGUGGAUUAUGAAAAGCAAGUCACCAAAUGGUUGUUUGACAGGUAUAUGUUCUAUAAAGGGAGAAGAAAUCUCCUUAGAAAAUACAUUCACCAGUACACUGGGAAAUAGGUAGUUAUGUCAUAAUUACAGUGAUUAGAAGGUUUUUGGCCAAGUGAAAUUAAUUGGUGAUACAUAAAGAUUUUCUGUAUGGAAACAAAGAUCUGGAUUUGAAAGAAGCUCAUUUGGUUGAAUUGUGUAGUAGGGACCAUAAUAAUGUAAUUGAGGGGUGUCAAUGGGACACCCAUGGAGGGUGAAUUUGAAUGUUAUGUGGGUGGGGGUUGGAAGGGAAACGGGAAAAUCUGCCUAUAAAAUUAAUGUUUCAGUUUAUUUUUCAGAUUACAUGCCUUUCUUUAUAAGGGAUGCUGGCACAGACCCCUAAAUUAAGCUUUUGGGUAGUAAUAUACUUUGAGGAGUGGUGAAAGAAUGAUUUCCUUAGAUUGUGGCUCUUGAUAGCCUUUUUGUGGGCUGUAGAGUUGCUAAACAGUGUUUAGCAGAUACGGUUGUACAGUGUCAACCAAUAUUGACUUACAACCAAGGGUUGUAAGCUACUGAGACUUUCAAUAAGUCUUUAUGUGAUGGUUUAGUGUAUUAGCGAGUUUAAAUCAUUUUGAGCAGUUGUACCAAAAGGUAAAAGGAAAACUAGGGUGGGAGGGGAAGACAACAGGGUGUAUUUUAGACAUUUUCCCUUUGAAGAAACACUUGCCCCUAUUUCUUUCUUUACCUUCUCAAAAUUUUGUUUGCAGAGGACACUUGACAUUUUUCUUUUAAAAGUUCUCCAAGACAGUAUAUUUAACAGGCAUGCUAUAAGCUGAACCCAUUGACAAUUAAGUGAUGAAAGCGUAGUCUUUUGUCCCUAGAAAGCUCCUAAGUACUUCAAGACCCACCACAUUUUAGUGUUGCACCACUAAUAUAAAGAUAAUUUGGGAAAUUGUAAUGUUACACCUGUGCAAUUCUUACAAGUGGCAUAUCAUGGCAGAUUAAAAUUUAGGUACUUGGCUUGGGUAAGCCACAAAGUUGUGGCGGAAUGUUUUGUGGUGUUCUUGGACUGCAAUUGUGCACUAUUAAAGUAGAGGCCUGCUACAUAACUGCAUUUAGCCAGCAUUUCUGCAGUGCGUAACUGUGAGGAACGUAGUACCGCAAAUGGCAAUGGACAUUAGGACCCGGAUGUAGUAUUCCUGCUUGCUCCAAGAUUCUCAUUGCCGACUGCAUACAGGUAAGAAUGAUUGAUGUUGGCUGAUUUUGGAGUCUCAUUUACUUGAGGUGGAAUAAAUUGUUCAAGAGAUACCACACAGCAUGGGCCAGCCAAGAGGGAAAGCCACAAAUCAUUUAGGACAAAGAUGGAUCAAGUGAGCUGUAUCAGAACAUGAGUCAAGAUAAAAGAGGAAUGGAUAUUUAUUGGCAUUAAUAAAGAUAUUUUAAAAUCUU